AUGAUGAGCAAGGCAGUGGGAGCAAGUCUGAUGGCUAGUCUGAUGGCAGCAGCCUGGCCACUGACGGUGGAGACAGUCCCAGCCCCAGUGGAUGUGGUGCUUCAACACAUGCUUCCGGGAAGGAACCCCACCGAUAUGUUCGCUUUAGACCUAGAGGAUUUGCGCGUUUUUGCUCGAGAGCGGGGCACUGAUGGCACUGAUGGGAAUAAUGACCACACUGGCUGUGAUGACUACGAUGAUGACAACAACCACAGCUACCGGGCAGACCAACCCCAGAGAAAUCCCAGGCAGCAUGGCAGUCGGACCCAGUACGUCCCCUACAUUUGUGCCUAA